UUGCUGUGGCCGGGAAGAGUUGGAAGGGAUUCCCCCCAUACCCCCCCUUUCUUCUUUUCCUCCUCCUCUUCCUCCUCCUCCUCGUUGCACAUCUGAGGGCGGCAGCGGGGCUGGCUCUCCCCUCCCGGAGGUCGCCUUUGUUUUCCCCGUGUCGCUUCUGCCGAGCAGCCGAGGGGGCGGGAGCGGGCCGGGGCCGGGCUGGGCUGUGCCGGGCUGGGCUGGGCUGUGCUGGGCUGGGCUGGGCUGGACCGGCCGCCCCUUCUCGAUCUCGCCGAGUCGGUGCCGUUCCCCCGGGCGGCACUUUCCCCCCGGGCCGGGGCUGAGCAGCCGCCGCCCCCCGGGACCCCCAUGGCACCGCCGCGAUGUUCGUGUCCCGGCUCCUGGAUUUCCAGAAGACGCGCUACGCCAGGUUCAUGAAUCACCGUGUCCCAUCCAACUGCAGGUACCAGCCCACGGAAUAUGAGCAUGCAGCCAACUGUGCCACCCACGCUUUCUGGAUCCUGCCCAGCAUCCUUGGCAGCUCGAUCCUCUACAUCCUCUCUGAUGACCAGUGGGAAACCAUCUCAGCCUGGAUCUAUGGCUUCGGUUUGUCCAGCCUCUUCAUUGUCUCCACCAUCUUCCACACCAUCUCCUGGAAGAAGAGGCAUCUCAGGACUGUGGAGCAUUGCCUGCACAUGUUUGACAGGAUGGUGAUCUACUUCUUCAUCGCCGCGUCCUACGCUCCCUGGCUGAACCUGAGGGAGUUGGGCCCCUGGGCGUCCCACAUGCGCUGGAUCAUCUGGAUCAUGGCAUCCAUCGGGACCGUCUACGUUUUCUUCUUCCAUGAGCGGUACAAGCUGGUGGAGCUGGUGUGCUACGUUAUCAUGGGCUUCUUCCCCGCCUUGGUCAUCCUCUCCAUGCCCAACAGGGACGGCCUCCUGGAGCUGGUGCUGGGCGGGUUCUUCUACUGCCUGGGCAUGGUGUUCUUCAAAAGCGACGGCCGCAUCCCCUUCGCCCACGCCAUCUGGCACCUGUUCGUGGCCAUCGGGGCUGGCAUCCACUACUACGCCAUCUGGAGGUACCUGUACCGGCCCGGGGCGCUGGAGACCCGCCCCUCUCGCUAGGAGCCUCGCAGACAUCCUGUGCCACUGCCUCCUGGGGACACAGCCUGCCCCAAGCCACCCCCUGCCCCGUGGACAGAGCUGGUGGUGCCUUUCCCGCACAGACAGAAGAGCCUGGAGGUUGAUUUUAAGUAUUUUUUCUUUUUUAACCUCGGGAACUGUUUAUUUUUUUAGGCAAAAGUUUCAGAACAUAGUGACUGGCUGGGCUGUGGGUGACAGGGGAGUGACCACUCGCUGGGAGCUUUGUUCACUCGCCUGGUCUCCAGCAUCCCACGGGACUGGGAACCUUGGCCCCAUGUGCCCCGGGCUAUGACACCCCUGAGUUUGGCUACUGGAGUCCUUAGCACGUGCCACUGAGGGGACUGGAGGAGUCAGGAUGGGGGGAGAGACCCAGUGGUCACAGCCCUGCACCACCUGGACUGGCUCCUAAAUCCUCCUAAGUCCUGUCAGCAUCAAAAGCUCCAUCCCAAGUCCUUGAGGGGAUGGUCCAUACUCAACAAGGCCUUACAAGAGAUUGAGACUUGAAUCUCUUCCAGGGCAUCCCAGCCCCUGAGCACUGGGAAACCCUUUCUCUAAGCCAAUAUUAAGUGCACAACUCCGUACGUCCUUGGGAUCCCCUAUGGACAUUUUCUCCCUGGAGUACUUGGUUUUCCUCUCCAGCCUCGGUGCCAUGGCAGCCUGAACACAGCCCUGCUCCCAGGCCCUGCUGCUCGAGUGCCUUCAGCAGGAAGCAGAGCUGGGAUCCAGCUCCUGGCAUCUCCCUGGCUGGGGUCAGCCCACCCACUUCAGGGGAUUCCCUUUCUCCUCCAGGGAGGGAAGUGAACCUCCUUGGGCUGGGCUCACGGGGCUACCUGCCUUCUCUGCUCCCAUUUUGCUGAUGAACCUAUUGCUCAUCAGAUUUAAUUCCACUUUUGGAAAGAUUUCUAGUGUUCCCAGGAUUGCUGCAGGGCAGGAAUGCAUCCACACGAAGCCUGGAUGUGAACUGUGGUGGAGAGAUGCUGGUGAUACUCAGUUUUUAAAUUCCUAAUCACGGGCACACACAGUGCUAACUCAGGCUAAUGAGACAUGGAACAUCCACCCAGCUGCUGGGAGCAGCAGAAUGGGAAAGGGAAAAUCACACCUGGUCCUGCUCCCCAAACACCCUGGCAGAGCUGCUGGAGCCAGGAGGGUGUGGUGUGUGCUGGGCUGUGCCUGCACCUUCCCCAUCAGCCCCCAAAACAAUCAAUUGCCCAUCCCCUCUUUUUGGCCUUUGGUUAGUCACAGCUGCAGCCUCUGGCAUGAUGUGGCAAGUGAAGGAGAUUUAUGGCCACCAUCCCACAUCUCCUGUUUCUCCAGCAGCAUUCCAGGGAGCUCAGCAGAGCUUAGGGCCCCCCAGCCUGUGGCACCCCGGGAUUGGCUCUACAGGGCUGUGCCAUUUUGCAGCAAAUUACCAAAGAGGAAGCAUCUGGAUACUCACCCCCUCCUCUUGUGGUGGCUGUGGUUGCCAGGCUGGCAAAAACGUCCAGUGGAUUUUCACUUCCAUAGGCAGAAGGUUCCUAUGAAGGGCUCUGGGAGCUGUGCCUGGCACCCCAGCCCCAGUGGGGCUGCUGGGAGUCUGUGCCCAGGACACCCCAAAGCAGCCUGUGGGCUGGGACAGCCCCUGGGGUGAGGGGUGGUCUUAGGGAUGGGGGUGAACGAGCUGGUGUGUGCCCAGACUCUGCUGCUGCCUCUGCCCAGCUGGCCCUGCCACCUGCUGCAGAUGGAGAGGUAGACAAGGACGAGCUGAUGGAGCAUAUCCAGGCUGGAAUAGCAGGACACAGAGCUCCCAGAGUGGGAGAUGCCAUAUUUUCUGUCUGGCAAGUCAUUACCCUUCUCUGUGCCUCAGUUUCCCCACCUGGGAAGCGAAGACCCUGACCUACCUCACAGGGCUCAUGUGAGGACCCCGUGAAGGCAGCCAGAGCUUCACAAACACCUUCAAUUUUCACUGAGUCUGGGGGAGCAGGUUCCCAGAGCCACCGUGGGGCACGGUGACAAGGUCAACUUAGUGUGCCUGGCUCUCCUCCCCUCUGCCACCAAAUCCACGGGGAGCCACCCUGGGGUCAGACCAUGCACACAGCAGUCCCAGCCACAGGCAAGUGCCCCUGGCAGGGGCUGAGGAUGCCCAGGGACCAACACCGUGUUUUGCUUCAUCCCAAGGGAUUUAUCUCAGAAACUGUUUUGCCAUUGCAGUCUUUGGCCCUAAAUCUGUCCCAAGGGCUCCUGAGGCCCAGGGAGGUGCCAGAAGGACCUUUCUGAGGCUGCUGCAUCUCAGUCUCCUGCUGAGCAUCCAGGGCAGGACAGAAUCCUGGGCAGGAACAUCGCCACCCUGCCUUCAGCCCGGACUUGCAGAGUGGGCUUCUCUGGAACUGAGAGGCUCCCCUCUUCUCUUGCUCCUAAAUCCUCCCCUUGCACAGCGUGGGGGACACAGAGCAAGUUAUGGGAUUGCCCUCCUGUUUUAUACUAAUUUUUAAUGACUCGUAACAUUCAGGAUGUUUGUGGAGGAGGGCUCGAGGGAUCUUUUUAGCAUCUCAUGGUUUUCACCAUCCAUCCUUGUUCAAUCAGUAUUUUAUAUUUAACACAGUAUUGGGUCAAAUACAAACAAAUGUAAGGAAGAUAACGCUAGUGGAUAUUGUUUCCUGUGGAGUAGGAUCGAAAUAAAAACUCAA